AUGGACUUCACCGUCGACCAGCAGAGGCGAAACCCGCUGACGGAGCCUGGAUCACGCCCACAAGCGAAAGGUCCUACCCGUGCUUCCUACCUGCAAGAAACACCUUGUCUUUCGAAACACUCACCUACCUGGCUUCCUGCCAAGAAGGAUAUAUUUGCUAACAACUUUGGUAGCCGUUACGCUUCUAUCAAGGAGCUUUUCGCUCUACCUCAACACCCACCCGCCAGAUACGCCGAUAUCUUCGGAGAAGAGGAUGCGAAACUAUUUCGAAAAGUGCUCAAAUUGGCGAAAAUGUCCCCAGGAAUUGAUUUCUGGGUGAAAAUGGCCGAUGAUGAAGGGAUCAUCAAAGGCAAGCGUGACAAGGAGGUGAAGCUGGUUCGACCAGAUGGAUAUGAAGAUAUCUUUGCUGCGAUCUCUUCCGGUUCAGAUGUUGGAGAGCUUUCGUCGGAUGAAGAGGACUUAAGGAGUGAAAAUACGACAGCUGCUGGGCUCAGCGACUUGGAUUAUGGGCCUCGAAAGAAACGAAAGCAAAGUUCCGGCAAAUCGGGACCCUUCCACUCGGGCGAUAUUAUCCAGUUUCCAGCACCAGGAUCAUCCACUAGUACACCUAUGCGCCAAAUCAAACAUGAAGAACAAGGACUAGAGCAGGGUCAACAGAAAGAACAUGUUCUAGGAAUGAACUUCCGACAAGUUCUGAAUCAUUUUCUUCUGCGCGACAAUUAUGCCUCUGUGAUUGAGGCAAUUUUCCAACACGCUGUUGAUGUCAAAAAUCAGCCAGAGGCCGAGCAGAUUUGUAUGUUCCUCAUCUCUGGCCACUUCAACCCCCGAGUCGUCGAGGUGAAGGACCCAGGCCCUUACGCUAAUAGCAGCAGUACUUCCAGCGAUGGAAGAGAAGCGCGAGAGGUUGGCGAUAUACUGAUCAUCGGUCGGAGGCUACAGCUGCAGGGCAUGCAGUUGAAGGACACCAGCGAUAUCAAGAAUCUUCAAAAGCUGAUCCUCUCCCUCGGGCGGCUUUAUAAGCAAGCCCAGAGCUUUGAUAUUGAGCUUUUGAUGAUUUCCGCCAUUCAGAAAUUGCAAAUUGCAUGGAAUUCCUACCCCGGUAUCUAUCAGCUUCGGCCCUUGCUUGAAGUUGUACGUAUCGUGAAUCCGGUGCAUUUGGCUGCGGGCGAUCGUUUUCGGGAGUGGAUCGUGCCUUUCAUGGCUGAGACGUACAUGCUUUUCUGCUAUGAUUGUUCAAAGGAGUUUCAUGAUGUUAUGGAAUCCUAUUCACUUCUGCGCAUCGCAGUUUAUGACAGGAACAAGGAAACUCUGAAAAGCAACCCAGAAAAGUAUGGGCAUAUUCAGGCUCUUCUUCAGAGCCGGGGACUGGGUGGGAAAGCAAAUUGA